AUGGAAGAUCUCACGUAUCAAUUCAAUGACCCCUAUGAAUGUUCCAUUGAUCCAAGUUUCUUCAUUAUGAGUAACCCCACACUAGACGAUUUAGUCAUUAACAACAUUGACAUUAACAAUGGAUCCACUUCAAUGUUUCAACAAAAUGUAACUAAUUUAUCCAUUAACAACAAUAAUCUACCCCACCAGAAUCACCAUGCAGUGUUUCAAGAAAACCACCAUGAUAGCAUUAGUGAUUCAUUUUUCGAUGGAGUGCCUCAAGAAAUGCAUGAGGAUCAAACAAUUCAACCUGUAAAUCAGAUUCCGGUUUUACCUAAUGGAACCGAUGCAAUGACAAUUGAUCAAUGGCCUUCUGCACCACUCCCAUAUUUUUGCAGUUGUUGUCAACUUCUCAGAGAAAUCAUACACGCUAAUGGUGUUCAAUUUGAAAAGCUUGAGAUUCAUGGAAGGCUAGGUUUGAUUACACAUGCAAUUCAUCAUCAGACACCUGUUAAUGGAAACCCACCAAUCAACCAAAUGAUUGAUUUUAGCAGGAGAAACCUUGAGGAAAUAAAGAAAUUUCUGGCACAAUACUGCAUGGAUCGUAUUUUAGCAGGAUAUUUUAUUCUACAAGAUCCCUUGUCUUCAUAUUAUGAGACUCUUUGCACUGGAUUGGAUUGGGUUGAAGAUUUUAACAUUGAUGGUAUUCUUGAUAAUAAUAAUCAAAAUAAUUCAGAUGAGAUGGCAGAACAAGAGCAGCAAAUGGGUGAGAAUGGAACUCCUACCGCAACACUUGAUAAAAAGAACCUCUCGAAACAGAGGAAAAAAGCGGGAAAAUUGACAUUAACUAAUUUAUGUGAUCAUUUUCAUCUACCUAUUGAGGAAGCAUCGGAAAAAGUGGAAUUGUGUCCAACAGUUCUCAAGAAAACAUGCCGCAAAGCAGGAUUAACAAGAUGGCCUCACAGAAAGGUGAAAAGCCUUUUGAAGCAGAUAGCAUUGCUAGAAAGUCAAAUGGGAAGACAAGAUGCAGCGACAAGGGCAAGGACUGAAAAGGAUAUUAGCGAGCUUAAGGAAGAAAUGAUUAGGCAUUGUGGUGGACUUAUACCAACGGCCAUGUAUAACAUCGCUGCCUUCUUGCCACCACAACAUCAGCAACGUAGGUAG